CGCCGUGCGGCCGCGCAGGCGCAAUUGCGCCGGUUGUAGACGCGGCGGUCGGCCGGGCGGUAAAUAACAGAUGCGGGUGAAAGAUCCAACCAAGGUGUUACCUGAGAAAGCCAGAAGAAGUAAAAGGCCCACGGUACCUCAUGAUGAAGACUCUUCAGAUGAUAUUGCUGUAGGUUUAACUUGCCAACAUGUGAGCCAUGCUGUCAGUGUGAGUCAUGUGAAAAGGGCGACAGCUGAGCAUCUGUGGUCGGUUUGUUCAGAAUGUUUAAAAGAACGGAGAUUCCAUGAUGGACAGCCAGUUCUUCCUUCUGAUGUUUGGUUGUGCCUCAAGUGUGGUUUUCAGGGUUGUGGUAAACACUCAGAAGGCCAGCAUUCCCUAAAGCACUUUAAGAGUUCCAGACCAGAGCUGCAUUGCAUUGUCAUCAGUCUGAGCACAUGGAUUAUAUGGUGUUACGAGUGUGAUGAAAAAUUAUCAACACAUUGCAAUAAGAAAGUUUUGGCUCAGAUAGUUGAUUUCCUCCAGAAACAUGUUUCUAAAACUCAAGCAAAUGCGGUUUCUAGACUCUUGAAAUUUUGUGAAGAAAAAUGUGAAGCAAGUGAAAUAAAGAAGGGAAGAAAAGGCAGCAGUGGAUCAUCUGUAAAAGGAAUUACCAAUUUAGGAAAUGCUUAUCUAAGUGUGAAAGGAAUUACCAAUUUAGGAAAUACUUGCUUUUUUAAUGCAGUCAUUCAGAACUUGGCACAGACUUAUAUUCUGACUGAACUUAUGAAUGAGAUGAAAGAAAAUGGUACAAAAUUCAAGAUUUUUCCUUCCUUAGACUCUCAGCUGGACCCACUGGUGGUGGAACUUUCCAGCCCUGGACCGCUGACCUCAGCUUUGUUCCUGUUUCUUCACAGCAUGAGGGAGACUGAAAAAGGUCCACUUUCUCCAAAAGUCCUUUUCAGUCAGCUUUGUCAGAAGGCACCUCGGUUUAAAGAUUUCCAACAACAGGACAGCCAGGAGCUUCUCCAUUACCUGCUGGAUGUUGUGAGGACAGAAGAAACAAAGAGAAUACAAGCCAGCAUUCUGAAGGCAUUUAACAACCCAACUACCAAAACUGCAGAUGAUGAAACGAGAAAAAAGGUCAAAGCAUAUGGAAAAGAAGGUGUGAAAAUGAACUUCAUAGAUCGGAUCUUUAUUGGUGAACUAACUAGCACAGUAAUGUGUGAAGAAUGUGCGCAUAUUUCUACCAUGAAAGAUCCUUUCAUUGAUAUUUCACUUCCUAUAAUAGAAGAAAGGGUUUCAAAACCUGUGCUUGUGGGAAGAAUGAGUAGAUACAGAAGUUCCCAGGACAGAGAUAAUGAUCAGAGCAGUGACCCAGUUACUUUGGAAAACACUCAGCAAUCCAGACCUACCAAGAAGCACUCUGCUUGCAAAGAUAAGAAUCAACUAAUUCAUGACAGAAAACAUCUAAGAAAACCGUCAUCCCGAGAAGAAAAAAUGGCCAUCAUAAACCAGAAGAAGUCCAACUUGAACACCAAGGGGACAUCUGCAGCGUCUGUCAGCGCAGCGAGCAGUGAGUGGGCGCUGACCGAAAGCCCCACCGAGGGCAGUGAGAAAGAGGCCAGCCUUUCCGAGAGCAGCGUGGGGGCCGACAGUGAGGCCUCCGAGUCUGAAAGCGCUUCCAAUCCGGCGUGGCGGUGCAGACCCAGCAGGAGACCCUGUGUGCACCAAGGGGUACACUGUCCUGGUCCAUCGGCAAGUGAACUGCCACCAUCUAAGGAGCUGGACAGUGACGAUGAGCGAAUGGCCAAGGCUGUUUCUGAACUUCGCCUGAGCAGCCCUGGCAUUGGAGAUGGAGAUUUUGACAGAGCACAGCAGCUGCGUAGUGUGCCACUCAGUGUACCAGACAACUUGGGUUGUCGAGAGGAGAAGCACUUGCGGUCUCACAGUCUCCAUGAUGCUUUUCAGACCCUUUCUCAGAGCUACGUGACUACUUCUAAAGAAUGUUCAGUGCAGUCCUGUCUCUACCAGUUUACAUCCAUGGAAUUACUGAUGGGAAAUAACAAGCUUCUAUGUGAGAACUGUACGGAAAGGAAGCAGUUGUACCCAAAGGAAAUCAGUUCUGCGGAACAGAAAACACAAGGGGUUUAUACGAAUGCCAGGAAGCAGCUGCUCAUUUCUGCUGUUCCACCUAUCCUAAUUCUCCAUCUGAAAAGAUUCUACCAGGCUGGCUUGAGUCUUCGCAAAGUUAACAGACACGUAGAUUUUCCUCUUGUGCUUGAUUUAGCACCAUUCUGUUCUGCUACUUGUAAGAAUGUGAAUGCAGGUGAUAAAGUCCUCUAUGGUCUCUAUGGGAUAGUGGAACACAGUGGCUCCAUGAGAGGUGGUCACUACUCGGCUUAUGUGAAAGUAAGAACACCCUCCAGGAAGUUAUCAGAACACAUCACUGGAAAGAAGAGUGUGCCUGAUUUGAAAGAAUGUGACAGUGAAUCAGCAGGACAGUGGAUUCAUGUUAGUGACAUUCAUGUGCAAGUGGUUCCAGAAUCAAGAGCACUUAAUGCACAGGCGUAUCUUCUUUUUUAUGAAAGAAUAUUAUGAUUAUUCAUUAAUUACUAAUGGUAAUGACAUUUAGACCAUUUUAUUUGAAUGCUGUGACUAUCACCCACAUAUGUAAUGUGCCUUUAUCCUUUAUAGUUCUCUUUCUUCUGUAGGAAUGGCAUGUCCCUCAAAUAUUUCUGAACUUUUUCACCAUUUUGGUCAACCCUUUACAAGUAAGUUUAGUGUACUAAAUGCUUUCAGGUUUGUAUUUUGUUUUAUUGCAAAUAUUUGGCUUACGAACUAGAAAAAACUCAGAAUUUAUGGAAGAGGAGACUUCUUUAUCAUGUGGCUCAUUAUUGCAAGCAUUCAGAAAUGAUUCUUGCUAAAUGAAAUGAUUUCUGAAGACCGUUUUCUCAAUGUAAUCUUCCUGAUAUCAUAUAUGUAUAUUUUGUGCCAUUGUUUACUCAUUAUUUUUGUAAAUGCUUUCACCCUACAUUUUAGCCUUAGCCUUGUUUUGAGCAAUCAUAUUCUACAUUUAAUGUUUAAUUUCCACAAUUAAACAUUAAAAUGUGUAACUAUUGUUCAUCCAUUUGCCACUCCAUUUAAAAUCAUCUCAGGGCUAUCCAGUGGUAUAUGUAUAUAUACUGCUGUUAAAAAAACAUUGCUGUGACAUAAUUACACAAAAUAAUGCCUAAUAUGGUAGAUAGUUAUCUUGUCAUAUUUUAUAUGAUUCAGCCAUAUAAAAAGGCAUCAUUGUAAUUUCAUUAUAGGGAUUUACCAAUAAUAUAUUGAUUGGAUUAUUGCUUUGAGAACUAGAAAACUGGUGUAAACAUUUCAUGAACAUAUUUGUAGUCAAUUCAUGAUGGAGUUAG